AUGCGCCCCUCUCUUAUUGCCUUGAUCGGUAGCCUUACCGCAGCGAGUGCCCUCGCUCUACUUGUCACUAACACUGAGGGUUUCACUACUCGAAGCUUCAUUCCUGGGAACACUUUCGACAGAAUUGUCCAGAUCUGGCUUGAGAAUCAAGAUACUCCGAUGCCAUCCUCAACAGUACCCAACCUGGCUUACCUCGCCACUCAAGGACGGCUCUUGACCAACUACUUUGCAAUUACCCACCCAUCUCAGCCCAACUACGUUGCGUCCGUGGGAGGAAGCACCAAUGGAGUGACGGGUGACGGCGACUAUAAUCUCAGUCCCAGCAUCAAGACUGUUGUCGAUCUCCUCGAGGCAGGCGGCAUUAGCUGGGCCACGUACCAGGAGGACCUGCCUUACUCGGGAUACACUGGAUCGAGCUACCAGCAGUACCGCCGCAAGCACAACCCUGUCAUGUCCUACCAGUCCGUCACGGGCAAUCCUAGCCGCCUGGCCAAAUCCAAGAACUUUACUCUGUUCUUCGACGAGCUCAAUAACAACGUCCUCCCUCAGUGGAUCUUCAUCACCCCUGAUAUGAACAACGACGGCCACGACACCGGUCUCGCCUACGGCGCUAACUGGGCCCGCAAUUGGAUCACACCUCUCCUCUCUAAUCCCAACUUCAACAGCAACCGCACGCUCGUCGUCCUCACCUACGAUGAGGGUGGCUACACUAAGAACAACAAGGUUUACACUGUGCUUCUCGGUAGCGUCUUGGCUCCGGGCCAGAUCGGCUCGACUGACUCGACCCAAUAUAACCACUACAGUCUCCUGAAGACUGUAGAACAGAACUGGGGCCUUGGCAGCCUGGGAAAGAGUGACGUAGGUGCCGCCGCGUUCUUCUAA